GGUUAUGUGAUUAAACUGACCAAGGUCGCUUUAUGGCUGUACCCAUGAUGACCACCAGGUGGCGACACGUGUAUUGGAGGCGACCAUGUGUUCCAUGGUGUCUUCAGACUUGGGGAUCUUAGUGGGCAGGAUUGCGAUCACUUGCAGACAGAGAAGAGGAGAAAGUCAAGGAGGAAGAGGCACGCAAACCAGCACUGACGCUCAUCCAUUCACGGAGUUUGUGUACGCUCAGCAACUUUACAUUAAGUCGCCAACUUUUUUGUGUGGAGGUACUCCGACUGCAACUUUUGAGCGCGGUGGAUGUUUAAAGCGGACCAAGGUGAAACACAGAGCCAAGAGGAAUGUAUCCGAGUCGGACAGCGACGAGCGGGUGUCUUCGGAGAUGUCCAGGCUGGAUGGCCCUGCUGCUCAUCGGCAUCUUGGACCUCGGCGCUGCCGCAUCUGAGUUUGCCCAAGACCCCAGUGUGGUAGCAGCCCCGUCAUGGAACACCUCCAGUGAUGGGUCAUUUUUCAUCCGUCUCGAGACUCCUAUGAACAACAUAACCACAUCUCUGGGCCAGACAGCCGAGCUGUUUUGUCGCGUGUCCGGCAACCCACCGCCAACAGUUCGCUGGCUAAAGAAUGACGCGCCUGUGGUACAGGAGCCACGUCGGGUUUCUUACCGUUUAACACCAUAUGGAUCACGUCUUCGCAUCCGCAACCUGGACACCACAGAUACUGGUUACUUCCAGUGUGUUGCUACCAACACCCAGGGCACAGUGUCCACAACAGGCGUACUGUUUGUCAAAUUUGGUCCACUGCCUCCGCCCCUACCAGGACGGCCAACGGAGGAUUUUGAUGAGGAGGGGUUCUGCCAGCCAUACAGAGGCAUUGCCUGCGCCCGCUUCAUCGGUAACCGCAGCAUCUUUGUCGACUCGUUGCAGAUGCAGGGGGAGAUCGAGACCCAGAUCACAGCGGCCUUCACCAUGAUCGGGACAUCCAACCAUUUGUCAGAUCGCUGCUCUCAGUUUGCCAUCCCGUCACUCUGCCACUUCGCUUUCCCCACCUGCGACCGCAGCUCGGGGGCUGACAAACCUCGGGACCUCUGCAAGGAUGAGUGCGAGAUCCUGGAGAAUGACUUGUGCAAGACGGAAUACAUCAUCGCCCGCUCCAACCCCAUCAUAUUGAAGAGGCUGAAGUUGCCAAACUGUGAGGAUCUGGCCGCCUCGGACAGUCCUGAGGCGGCCAACUGUCUGAGGAUCGGAAUACCUAUGGCGGAGCCUAUUAACAAAAACCACAAGUGCUACAACAGCAGUGGAUCAGAGUACCGCGGCACUGUCAGCGUGACCAAGUCAAGCCGUCAAUGUCAGCCAUGGAACUCCCAGUAUCCUCACAGUCACAACUUCCUGGCUGUCCGCUACCCAGAGCUAAACGGGGGACACUCUUACUGCCGCAACCCAGGGAAUAAACACGAAGCCCCCUGGUGCUUCACGCUGGAUGAGGGGGUUCGAAUGGAGCUCUGUGACAUACCCAUCUGUGACCAUAAGGAGAAGUCUGGCGGCAGCAACAUGGAGAUCUUGUACAUUCUGGUUCCCAGUGUGGCCAUCCCAUUGGCCAUUGCUUUGCUCUUCUUCUUCAUUUGUGUGUGCCGCAACAAUCAGAAGUCUGCCAGGCCAGCUGCGCCUCGCCAGCCUAAACCGGUCCGUGGACAGAAUGUGGAGAUGUCCAUGCUUACGACACCAUACAAGCCAAAGAGUAAGGCCAAAGAGCUCCCCUUGUCAGCGGUGCGCUUCAUGGAGGAACUUGGAGAGUGUACAUUGGGGAAGAUCUAUAAGGGGCACCUGUACCUACCAGGCAUGGACCAGGCACAGCUGGUGGCCAUUAAGACCCUCAAGGACAUCUCCAGUGUCCAACAGUGGAGUGACUUCCAGCAGGAGGCUGCAGUCCUAACAGAGCUGCAACACCCCAAUGUGGUGUGCCUGCUGGGCGUGGUGACCCAGGAGCAGCCUGUCUGUUUGCUGUUCGAGUUUCUCCCUCAAGGCGACCUUCACGAGUUCCUCAUCAUGCGCUCGCCACAUUCUGAUGUUGGCUGCAGCAGUGACGAGGAUGGAACAGUUAAAUCCAGCCUGGAUCACGGUGACUUCCUGCAUAUGGCCACCCAGGUGGCUGCUGGGAUGGAGUACUUGGCCAGUCACUUCUACAUUCAUAAGGACCUUGCUGCGCGGAACAUUCUCGUUGGCGAGCAGCUCCAUGUGAAGAUAUCUGACCUGGGCCUCUCCAGAGAGAUCUACUCGUCAGACUACUACUGUAUCCAGCCCAAAACACUUUUUCCAAUUCGCUGGAUGCCUCCCGAGGCCAUCGCCUACGGAAAGUUCACCACAGACUCUGACAUCUGGUCGUUUGGAGUGGUGCUGUGGGAGAUCUUCAGCUACGGUCUGCAGCCUUAUUACGGCUUCUCCAACCAAGAAGUGAUGGAGAUGGUUAGAAAGAGGCAGCUACUGCCCUGUCCUGAAGACUGUCCUCCAAGGUUCUAUGGUUUGAUGACGGAGUGCUGGCAGGAAGGCCCAGCACGCAGGCCUCGCUUCAAGGACAUCCAUAGCCGCCUACGAGCCUGGGAGGGACUGUCUCACGCCAGCUCCAGCACUCCCUCUGGUGGCGGAGGUAACGCCACCACACAGACCACUUCACUGAGUGCCAGUCCAGUAAGUAACCUGAGCAACCCUCGUUAUGCCACUGCCGCUGCCACUGCAGGGUAUCUCUACCCGGCCCAGGCUAUACCCUCACCAGGGCAGAUGGCUCCUAUUCCAGCCUGGGCACCCAUGGCGGUGCCCCAAACACAUCAGCGCUUUAUUCCCGUAAAUGGCUACCCCAUUCCUCCGGGCUAUGCAGCUUUCCCUGCUCACUUCACUCCCCAGGCGCCACCCACCAGGGUAAUCCAGCAUCACAUGCCGCCUCCUAAAAGUCGCUCGCCGAGCAGCGCCAGCGGCUCCACCAGCACGGGUCACGUCAGCGGUGUUCCCUCCACCACGGGCUCCAAUCAUGACGCCAACACGCCACUGUUGUCCCACUGCAUCAUGCCGGGGAACGGCGGAGGCCCUCAGAUGUACGGACAGCUGUCCCAGAAGGUGGCAGGACAACUGGACCACACGUCACAAACAUCAGCGCUGCUUGCACCUGAUUCUGACGUAAUGAUGUAUAAUGACGGCGUAAUCACUGCAGACCUGUAAAUAAAAGGAGGGCUCAUCAUACUCUUCCCCUUUUGGGACCAAUUGGAGUAAUUCUGCAUCUCAUCCACGGACCCAGCCCGAGAAUUAAAUUCAGACCAUGUGAAGACUCUGAAAAAGUGUACUUAAUAUCAUAGUCUUUCAAAUGUUGCAUUGUUAUUUUAACCUUUGUGUAAAUACAGUGCAUGAAUGAAUGAAUGAAUGAGUGAAUGAAAUGCAAAGUUAUAUUUUAUUAUGGUGAAUAAGAAGUUCCAGUGUACAGUCAGUGGUGGAGUCUAAAAAGACUGUGUUUAAGGACUGAAUUAUUAUACGGAGACUACCUUGUUUAAUAGUAAAGAAAAUGUCCUUUCCUUUUAAAAACGCAAUUUAUCAACGCUCAACCUAGUAAACAAUAACUGGAAGUGUGCACUAAAACUAAGACCAAUAGCAUGCUUGGCUUUAACAGGGUGGAAUUCCAGGUUUUUCAGUCUUCAGACUCCAAAGAUUACCUUUGACAUUUAGUUAACAAUAUUUGUAUUAGCGCCGGGUGAAACUUACGUCGUCAUUAUCACACACAAACUCUUCAGCGUGACACCUGAAUGUCCUUUUCCCUGCAUGUUCAAUGACAAGUUAGUAGGAUUGGAUCUGCUAUUCUCUCACUUUGUGUCCCAGCAGAAUCAAGUAGGAGGAAGAGGAAGGUAUGACAAUGGCUGAAGUUUGCAUCACUGGCCCCACGUACUUACAUCAGGGCUGUCUAAACUUGUACAGACAAAUUAAAGGAUGCAGGGGUCACUUUGGUAUUAUUCAUUCGGGCCCGAGCACAGACAUGCAAAAGAUGGCUAUUAUCAUUUUGGAUUAUACAGCGGUGUGAAAAAGUGUUUGCCAGCUUCCUGAUUUCUUAUUUUUUUUGCAUGCCUGUCACACUUUAAAGCAUCAUCAAACAAAUUUAAAUAUUAGUCAAUGACACAACUGAACACAAAGUGCAGUUUUUAAAUGAAACUUUUUAUUAUUAAGGGAGGAAAAAAAUUCCAAACCUAUAUGGCCCAGAGUGAAAAAGUUAUUACCCCCUAAAUCUUAUAAAUGGUUGGGCCACCCUUACAGCAACAACGGCAAUCAAGUGUUUGCGAUAGCUAGCAGUGAGUCUCUUGCAGCGCUGUGGAGGAAUUUUGGCCCACUCAUCUUUGCAGAAUUGUUGUAAUUCAGCCACUUCGGAGGGUUUUCCAGCAUGAACCGUCUUUUAAAGGUCAUGACACGGCAUCUCAGUAGGAUUCAAGUCGGGAUUUUGACUAGGCCACUCCAAAGUCUUUAUUUUGUUUUUCUUCAGAUAUUCAGAGGUGGACUUGCUGGUGUGUUUUUGAUCAUUGUCCUGCUGCAGAACCCAAGUUGGUUUCAGCUUGAGGUCACGAACAGAUGGCCGGACAUUCUCCUUCAGGAUUUUCUGUUUGACAACAGAAUUCAUGGUUCCAUUUAUCACAGCAAGUCAACACGGCAUCACACUACCACCACCGUAUUUUACUGUUGGUAUGAUGUUGUAUUUCUGAAAUGCGGCGUUAUGGUACUUUUAUUCCAGAUGUAAUGGGACACACACCUUCCAAAAGUUGAACUAUUCUUUUGUCAGACCACAGAGUAUUUUCCCAAAGGUCUUGGGGACCAUCAAGAUGUUUUCUGGCAAAAUUGAGAUGAGCCUUAAUGUUCUUUUUGUUCAGCAGUGGUUUUUGUCUUGGAACUCUGCCAUGUAGGCCGUUUUGCCCAGUGCCUGUCUUAUGGUGGAGUCAUGAAUACUGUCCUUAACUGAGGCAAGGGACGCCUGCAGUUCUUUGGAUGUUGUUGUGGGGUCUUUUGUGACCUCUUGGAUGAAUCGUCGCUGUGCUCUUGGGAUCAUUUUGGUUGGCUGGCCACUCCUGGGAAGGUUCAAAUCACUUUUUCACACGGGGCCAUGUAAGUUUGGAUUUUUUUCUCCCUUAAUAAUAAACAUUUGCAUUUACAAACUGCAUUUUGUGUUCAGAUGUGUUGUCAUUGACUAAUAUUUAAAUUUGUUUGAUGAUCUGAAACAUUUGAGUGUGACAAACAUGCAAAAAAAUAAGAAAUCAGGAAGGGGGAAAACACUUUUUCACACUACUGUAUAUAUUCCACAACUUUUGUUGCAUUUUUGAUGGUUUUAACAUGCAUAAGAACUCAAACAAAAUUUUCAAGCACGUCAUGUUUGGCAAAAAAACUCAUUCACCAGUCAGCCACCAGUUUCACAAAACAUAACGAAAUUUUGGUGAUGGCAAUCAUGACAGGAUGCACAAAAAAGUCUCAAGAAGCCAUGUUCCGAAACAAACAGGAAGUCGGCCAUUUUGGUUUCCGGCAGCUAUUUUAGCCAAAAAGCAGAGGUUGCAUUUCAACAAACUAGUCCUAGGCAUUUUGACGAAAUGUGCCCAAAUAAAAAUCACAGGAUACUAGACGGACGGGCGAUGUUAUAUUGCGAAGGAUUUUAGGCUGUUCCAAAGGAUGUGGGCGGGGAACAGCAACAAACUUUAAUAAUCAUGGCCACUAACCUGCAAACAUGAAUAACCACAAGGUAUCACAAUUGGUGCAUAUGAAGACCACACCUUGAAGAUAUACAUUGGUCACUUCCUGAAUUCUUCUCAGCGCCACCCAGUGGCAGCAGGAAAUGGAAUGUGCAUGCCCUCCAACUCACAUGAACCCUGAGUUGCGUGGGGGUGCGAGAGCUUGCUCAACGCUGCUUGUAGCUUUAAUUUGUUUUGUUUUCUUUAAUUAAAUGUAAUAAAAACCACUCCAGUGUAGCUGUUAACUAUAUUUCAAGGAAAAAUGGGUAAUGUUUGUGUCAUAUCUUGGUCAAAUGUAAAAAUAUUUUAACUCUUUUCAUUGUGUGCCAAGAAAAACCAAGCUGCGGGCCGCAAAUAGCCCACAGGUCACACUUUGGACACCUUUGCCUUAGGUGAAUCUUCCCAUCAGUCGGCUCUCACUCUCACAAAAAGGUUUGUCUUGUAUGUGUUAAUAUAGAUUGGAUAUGAUUUUUAUUGAUGUUUUUUCAGUGUUUGACUUUUUGAAGGAAGCUUGUAUUCAUGUCUGUAGUGUGGAGACAAAGACAGUCACAUCAUGGCAGUGCUACCUUUUUAUUAUGGAAUAUUUUGUUUUGUGUUAUACCCAUGGAUUAUUAAGGCCUGAGCCAUUUCCCAAAGAAUAUUUUUAUUGCUUAUAUUUAACGAGACUGAAAAGAGAAAAAAAUGUUUGAUGAAAAUGUAAAAAUUGUGGAAAUGUAUUCUUUGUUAACACUCUGUUAUCCUUCUGAUUUGUUUUCCAUCCCAAAUAUUUGAUGGUGGUCAGUUGGAAGCAUGUUUGUGUAAGUCAAGAAAAAGAAUUCCACAAACAGAUGCAGUAAUGAAGCUGUUACAGAACAUGUGUUAGAAAUUGACAACCAAUGAGGCAGACAAUCAUUGCUUUAGGUGUUGCUCUACGUACGUGUUGAAAUCCAACAACCUACAUUGACCAGGUCAUUUGCAUGGAUGUCGGAAAGUCUGUCAGUGUGAUACAUACACGCAUGUAGAUCUCCUUUGAUGUCAUAAAUCAAUUUGGGUAUGAGGGUUUGAUAUAUAAUGUAGCAGUGCAAAAACCACUUGUACGCAACACUGUGAAUUUAAUCAAAUCAAGGUACUUUUUUGAGGGUGAAACAAUCGUUUGGAUUUUGGGGGGAGGGGUUUUUUUUAACAUAAAAUCAGAACAAACCAUAUAAGUAUAUUUGUAUAAUUCAUCAUUGGGUGCCAGUUACAGGUGAAUGUGGUUUACGUUAUGUUUGUACCAUUUGACCAAGAGAGGCCUUUUCUUUGUAUGAAUAUUUUUGCACAGGUUGUUUUGUAUU